GGCGGUUGUUUGUGCCUGUGCCGGCGCCCCGCGUCCCGUCACGUAGGUUACGCGCAGCGCACAGUCCGCGGCGAGGACAGCCUGGAGCCGGCCCCGGCCGCUGCGUCCUCCCCAGCCCGGCGGCGGGGCCCGCGAUGGUGCGGGUCGGCGGCUGCCGGGGCGGCUGAGCGGGCCGGGGGCUGAGAGGAGCCCGACCGACCGAGCGCCGCCUCCCGCCCGCCGCCUCCGGCCGUCGGGGUCCGCGCGCGCAGCCCCGAACCCUGUGCCCCAGUCCCGGGCCCGGCGGGAAUGUUCAAAAAUGAGUACCAGGGAGGUGCAUUUGUUGAAAUCUUUAGUGCUCAGGGAAAAAAUCCUGGAGCACAGUGGAAGAUCCUUGGCAGCCCGUCUGUGAUUUGGAAAGAGUUUGAUAAAGAAGUUAAAAGUUUUGUGUUUGUUCUGGAAGGCAGCAGCCAAACAAAUAAAAUUCAGUUACCGAAGGAGAAUAAGCAAAUCCUUGGGCUGAUCCAGAGGUUUCUUGUUCUUCAGAUUUACAUACCCCUGGGACAGGACUUCUCUGCUGAAUUGCUAAUUACUGAUUUAGGCAACAUCAAAAGAAGACUUUAUUUAUCAACAGUCCAUAAGGAACUGUCCUCAACUCCUCUUCAUGCAAAAAUCCCACUCUUCAUGAUCAGGCGCAAAAUUUGGUGCAAUCUGUGCAUCGACUUGGCAGCAUUCACCAGCGAAGUAUUCAAGGGGGCAGUUUUCCAGUCAUUGGAUGGCAUCAUCGUCUCAGCUAACUGUAAGCUACGGAAAAUCUUCACCUUAAAAUCAAAGCCCCAAGACACUGCUGAUAAAGAUGCUGUGUGUGGUGCCCCCUUGCCAGCAGAUGGGCCCACAGGCAUCAUACCGCGGAGCUGCCAGCUAACAGCAGACGUUCCCCAUGUCACACAGCUGCUAAACAUGACUAAGCUUCGCCAAACUGAAAUAAAAUUUGGGGGACACCCUCUAAGAUCAGCAGAAUCAGAUCAGUUCAUCAACAGAGGAACAAGUAGCAUACGGAGCAGUAAAAAUCAGGAUGUUUGUCAUAUCGCCUUUGGGUCCAGAGUUCUUGGGCCACCUCCACCGUGUGGCAAAAGGAAUCACCUGAUGCUCUCCACUGAGACACUAAGAUCUGUUGGGUCCAAAAAUAACCGAUCCUCCCAGCAGCUCACAGUAGAGAAGCGUGUUCACAGCGCAGAAAUGUCAGCCUUACUGAUGCCCGAGACCGAGGAGCGAAGAGAGAGAGAAAGGGCUCGCCAGGUGAAGCCGACUGCGCGCAUUCGUGCUGAUCUGCCUAUUAUGCACCCACGUCCCCCUCAAGAACUUUCAGCAGAUAAGAAUAAUAACCGGAGACGAUUUCAGUUAAGAAGUACCAGCAGAGAAAGGACAGAGACACCCAGCGACAGUUCUUCAAGAAAUAACAAGUAUGAAGAUGAAGCAAUGACUGUCCUCACUACUACGAGGCAACAAAGCGAAGAGACAGUGAAUGAUGGCGCUUCAGGACACCUUUCUACUGACCAGGCGGAUGAGUGGGUGUUUCCCGAACGUGAUUGCAGCCCCCGCCUGGCCUCUGGCCCACAGUCUGCACAUCCAGGCGACCAGCCCUGCAGCAGUCCCCACCUGGGGCCGGACACCGGCCAGGACCGUGAGCAGGACCACUGUGCAGAGGAGACCCGGGUUGCCACCAGGGACGUCUUCACUUUCGCAUCGAGGCCACGAUCAGCACCUCAUGGGAAGACGCAGAGUAUGUCCCCAGAGGGGUGCCCAUUUAUUUUGGAUCUAGAAGAAGAUACCAGUGUGACCAGGAUAGACUCCCAUUUGGAAGGUGAUUUUUAUGCCGGUGACAGCAGUGAAGAGGAGUACAACUGGAGAAACUAUCAGUCCAGCGAAAUGAGUGAGUCUGAGUUGCAGAUGCUAGCAAGCCUCCGGCGGCAGCAGAAUGAGGACCUGGAGGACCCCGGGGCUCCCCACGGCCUGAGCGCGUCCCAGGUGGACAACUGCAACGUCAGCAUAAGCAGCAGCAGCGACGACACGACCACCUGGAACUCCUGCCUGCCACCUCCCGUCAACCAGGGUCGUCACUAUCAGAAAGAAAUGAACCCGCCUUCUCCUUCUAACCCUCGGGACUGGUUAAGCAUGCUCAGCCCCCCGAUUGUUCCCCCCGGCCGUCGGCCCCUGGAGCAACACCUGGACUCCUCCGGAAGCCUGAGCACCCAAGGUGAGGAAGACCUGAGCGUGGAGGAGGACGAGGAGGUGCUGACCCUGCUGUACGACCCGUGUCUGAACUGCUACUUUGACCCGCAGACAGGGAAGUACUACGAGUUGGUGUAGCGCACCUUCUGGGGCGGAGCAGCCACGCGGUCAGCGGUCGGGCCGGAAGGGGGCAGCAGCGGGACGGCGGCAGCGACGGGACGCUCACGGCGGCAGCAAGAGGGCAGCCGGAGCCGCACAGCACGGAGAGAGGUUGAUUCACUUUAUGGAUAAUGUUCAGUGCGAGGAAUCCUUAUGUUCUCUAUAGAUGUGUGAUUUUGAGUCUGUGAAGGAAUUAAUAGAGACAAGAUUUAGGACUUGGAAUUGGUUAUUUGUUUUCAUUUUCAUGUUGCAUAUAAUUUUAUUUUAUAUUUUAUGUAAAUAAGUUAUUCACUCAAAAUGUUUGCAGUGUUAAUCUGUAAAUGAUGGCCUGAUAUACCACAGAAAAUGUAUUCUUGUUUAAAAGAUAUCCGGGAGCCUUUUAUUCUAUGCUAUAUUUGUAUGAAAAAUAAAAUAUGA